AAAUACAGAACACCCAAACUACCCUUCUUCCCCUUCCCCCUCCCAAUCCGAUCCCCACCCUCCCGCGUGAAUGCGUGAUUCUUCGCGCGCAGUUGGCUUCCGCUUCCCUUCUCCCGCGCGCAGUUUAACCGCUAAUUGUAACCGCCUCGCGGAUUAGCGCGGCUAUAAUAGCGCGCGCGAUUGGCUGGGUUAUAGCCCUAGCUAGGCCUAACACGCCACCUCGCCUGCUUGCUUGCUUGCGGCUGGUUCUUCUAGGGUUAGGGUUUGGCGGUGGGGGUGGGGGUGGGGUGGAUGCGCGUGGAGGGUGGGGUGGCGGCGGCGGUGGCGGUGGUGGUGAGGUGAGGAUGACGCCGCAGCGGUCUCCGGCGGCGGGGGUGGGAGUGGGGGGAGGGGGGACGCCGGCGCUGCACUACCUGAGCGGGCCGUACGGGGACACGACGUACACCAAGGUGUUCGUGGGGGGCCUGGCGUGGGAGACGCGGAGCGAGGGGCUGCGGGCGCACUUCGAGGCGUACGGGGAGAUCCUCGAGGCCGUCGUCAUCACCGACCGCGCCACCGGGAGGUCCAAGGGCUACGGAUUCGUGACCUUCCGGGACCCAGAGUCGGCGAGGAUGGCUUGUAUGGAUCCGUAUCCGGUAAUCGAUGGGCGGCGCGCAAACUGCAACCUUGCCAUCUUAGGGCGUCCUGGGCCGGCUGUGCCUUUCGCACCUUUAAGGCCGGUCAUCCCAUACAAUGGAGGUGUGGCGGUUCCAGGGGGCAUGUAUGUGCAAAGCCCAACAUAUCAGCAACCACCCUACAACUAUCAACAGGCAUAUGUAUAUCCUUCUUUUGGACCAUCAACCUAUGGGCCAGAGUACAUGUAUCCUCAGAAUGCAUAUGGUUCAUAUGUUGGGCAACAGUAUGUUCCAGUAUAUGGCAGUCCCAGAACAUUAGGCCCAGGAGUUUACCCAUAUGGGCAGUUUGGCCAACCUGUGCCUGGUGAUCAACCUUAUUCCCCUGGCUAUGUACCAAGUCAAAUCAUGCCUCUAUCGAAUCAGAAUACGGCAAAUGUUAUACGCAUGUCAGCAGUUCAGCAACAAUAUUCUCCAGGAGCUCCACGCCCUCAGCAACAGCUCUUGAUCCCUGCUCGUGCACAAUUCACACCAAACAACAUUUCAGAACAAACAUCGGGCUGACAUAAGGAUGCCAACAAGUGACAAAUUGAGGUAUCCUAUAGUCUGCAGCAGGACUAAGAACAGCAGUACUGCUAAUUGGGCGGCACGCUUCUUUUCUUGCAAACUGUCAUCUUUUGCAUUCUAAAGGUUCUCCUUAUCCAUGGUUACCUGAUCCUUAUAAAUGUGAAUGUCAAGCUGCUCCAUUGGAAGGGGCAGCGAAGCGCGAGAGUACAAAGCCACUCUCGCGCUGCUUCUGUAAGUGUCUGUGCAUUCCCCCAUCUCCUGCCAGGAAUUCUGAUAGCUGGUGGCCUGUACAUGGACCUAACUGGAUGCCGGAAUUGGAGUCUGGGAUCUAGCCCCCUGUGUAUAAUAGCUCAAGUAGGGUCCAAAUCGUAGAGCUAGUCAAUUCUUUCAAAAGUUCUGAUGCGUCUGGUUUCCCCGUUGUUGUAUAGCCAAUUCUCUUCGUCCUUCUCAUCAUCUCUCCAAUGCAUGUGAUCGUGUUGCAUUUAUAUACAGCUUUAGGGUGUGGGUCUGUCUAUGACAUCGCGUCCUCGGCUGUUCGUGUAAAUUAUUCCUCUCAAACUGUACAACUGUUUAUAUCAACACACUUUAUGUAGCAUGUCACUAAAUAAUGGCAGUUUGAUCCUGGAAAAUAAUCAAA